AUGAUUUCCGGAUUGAUAGAGGGGUUAAUGGGAGGGUUCAUUCCCUUGUUUUAUUCUUAUAAAGCUAUAAAGCGAGGAACAAAAAACAGUUUGGUCCAUUGGCUCAAGUAUUGGGUUGUCUAUGCUGUUUUCCAUGUCAUAACGUUUUUCCUGGAACUUUUUUUCUUAUCUCAUCUCAUUCCCUUCUAUGGUAUGAUCAAGGCGAUGUUCCUCAUAUGGUGUGUUAAUCCAUAUACAUCUGGGGCUCAAUUUAUGUACGACAAAGUUUUACGUUCUAUGAUUAGUCGAUAUGAGAGAAGAGUUGGAAAACAAAUAGCUCUAUUUAUUUCUUCAGUCAUGGAUUGGACUCCUCUGUUAUUCAGUCAGGACCCGCCGUCAUUUUAUAAAGGAAACGAAGAGGCUUCUGAAGUUGAGAUCCAGACAGACAACGAUGAGUGUGUGAACGUCGUUCCAAUCAGAAGAAAAUCUUCAUCAUUCUCUAACGGACCAUCUUCAUUAGUAUUUAAUCCAAGAUUUAUGCAACAAGAUCCUAUGCAAGACUACUGCAAUAAUGAAGAUGGCGUCUCAAAUACUGACUCUCCUUCCACGAGAUCAUUGAAUGUGUCCAGGGGCGACAUCUCAGAUCGAGUGGAUAUUGUGGCAGAUGAAACUACUAGCGAAGACGACGUAUCUUUGCAUCGCCCUACCCUCCGCCGAUCCACCCGUGCUGUAACGACUAAAAAGGAUAAAGUUUCUGAACUUCGUGGACGCAAAUCGAAGAGAACACCUGCUUCGGGAAGAAACCAAACGAAUGAUUAUUAA